UCAGAGAAACAUGGAGCCCAACACUGUCCAGCUGACGAGGAUGGAAUACGCCAUGAAGUCCCUCAGCCUUCUCUACCCCAGGUCCCUCUCCAGGUACGUGGCAGUCAGCACCUCGGUGGUGACCCAGAAGCUGCUGUCAGAGCCCAGCCCGGAGGCCCCCAGGGCCCGGCCCUGCAGAGUAAGCAGUGCUGACCGGAGUGUGCGGAAGGGCAUCAUGACACACAGCCUUGAGGACCUCCGCCUCAAGGUCCAGGAUACCCUCAUGCUGGCAGACAAGCCUUUCUUCCUGGUGCUGGAGGAAGAUGGCACAACUGUAGAGACAGAAGAGUAUUUCCAAUCCCUGACAGAUGACACCGUGUUCAUGGUCCUCCAUAAGGGGCAGAAAUGGCAGCCCCCAUCAGAGCAGGGCACUAGGUACCAACUCUCCCUCUCCUGUAAGCCUGCCAAGAAGAUUGAUGUGGCCCGAGUAACCUUCGACCUGUACAAGGUGAACCCACAGGACUUCAUUGGUUGCCUGAACGUGAAGGCGACUCUCUAUGGCACAUACUCCCUUUCCUAUGAUCUGCGCUGCUACGGGGCCAGGCGCGUCAUGAAAGAAGCUCUCCGCUGGGCCCUCUUCAGCAUGCAGGCCACAGGCCACGUGCUGCUCGGCACCUCCUGUUACCUGCAGCAGCUCCUGGAUGCCACAGAGGGAGGGCAGCCCCCCAAGAGCAAAGCCCCAUCCCUCAUCCCGACCUGUCUGAAGAUACUGCAAUGAAAGCCCAGCCAAGGACUAGACCGGGGACGCCAUGCUCAGC